CGGCGCUCCGGCUCUCGGACUCCAGUACCUGCUUGCCCUCUGGUUUCCUGUGCACAGACGCCAAGGAAUGGUAGCUCCUGAGCAUGGCCCCUGUGUGUCUGUGUUCCUCACCCUCUGUUCACUGCUUGGGUGUGUAAUGUACAGAUUUGGAAAGGAUGAAUAGGAAGCUAAUUUUGGAUAUCAAUAUAUAUUUCUGGAAUAAUUUCAUGGUGUUUCUUUUGUAUCACAGAGCAAUUAAUAUUAUAAUGAACAGAUUGAUAAAUUUUCUCGUACACACUGGCCCGACUGACGGAGAUCCCAGCGUAUGCAUUCACUGCCUAAGCUUUAAGUCAUCACGUUUUGUACCAGGAAUCAUCAAGAAUUCUGAAGAGCAAGUCUUGGUUACAAGCAUCAGGAACACCCUUUUUUUCACAAGGAAAUAUACAUCUACAAAGAUCUUGCCACCUUCCUCUGAAAAAUCAGAAAUGGAAGAUCACAGGGUGACGUACACUGAGGUGAAAAUCCGGUCUCCAUCACGGUUGCAGAGAACACCUGAAAUGUCUGAAACCAAAAGCACCACCCGUUUUGAAUAUCCAGAUGUCUCUACCUCAUUGCUGCCAUGGAAGUUAACAGCAGUGGUUCUGAGUCUGGUCUGCCUAAGCCUGCUUUUGUCUGUUGGAUUCCUGGUCAAGCAGAUAGCAGAGAGCAAUUCAAGAAAUCUCACAUUUAGCGAGGAAAGAGAUCCAAAAGAAUUGAUUUCAGGAAAUUCAGAGACUCAACAGCCACCAACAAAAGCCUCGCGGUGUCAGCCCUGUGAUGAGAACUGGCAGCAGCAUGGGAAGUACUGCUACUCCUUUUCUAGAAAUCUGAUUCCAUGGAGAGAUUGUCAACGCUACUGUUCAGAGUCACGUUCAAGCUUUCUUAAGUUAAACGUGGAAGAAGAGCUGAGGUUUUUAGCAAGAUUGUCAAAAAGGGAAUGUCAUAUGAAUGAGAAAAACUUGGGGAUCAGUUUGUACUUCAAUAGCAGCCAAAUGAAGUGGGCUUGGCUGGAUGGCUCAGCCUUUACGUUGGACAAGCUUGGAUUAAAUAAACCUAACAAUACGUAUAAUCAGUGUAAAUUUAUUAGAAAUGCCAGGUUAAUUGAUGGGAGUUGUGAAGAGCAUGUGCAUUGUAUGUGUAAGAAGACAACCUAUGGACAUUAAACUUUUAAAGGUUUAAAAAUAAAGGAAAUGG